AGUUUUUACUGCUGUCACAGUCCUGCCUUAUGAAAGUCUCGUUAUCAUUUGCUUAUCAUGCCUUUCCUUCUCGAAUGUUGUUCCUUGGCUCUGGAAACAGCAUAGGUCUGUGCGUUUUGUGUACUUCAACUUGUUGAAUAGCAACACCCUGCCCUCUGCGGGGAGUGUUCAGUGUUCAAGGUUCAGGAAGAUAACGAGAGGUGAGUGGCUGACGCGUAGCUUGUUUUAUGUUACCAAAGGCUCGUCUCAUAUUACUGAAGACAGCGGGCUUGGUGAAACUAUCGCCGGAUUGAGACUGCUGAGACUCGAACAGACCAGGAACUGGGAGGUUUUCUUUUUUUAAAAAAGAAGUUUUGAAGAGGCUAAAUAAGCCUGAGUAAGAGGACUUCCUCUUGUUCAAGAACAGUGUUACCAUGGGUAAGAAGACACAACCACCUCUGCUGCUUUUGCUGUUUUUGUCAGGGCUUGUUCACUGUUCAGCUACCUUUGUAUUUUGGACUGCCAACGUGGAAAUAAGCUUUGUGAACAGCUACAAUGAGACUGAGGAGAAAUAUUGUGAGUGUGGGUUGUAUGGCCGUAACUCUCUGAGGACAAGAGCUUUUGGCAUCGUUACGCUUCCCGUGGGAGACCCCAAAGGCUGUGGCCCAGAUCCUGUGUACAACCGCAACGAAACCUCACCACCGUGGAUAGCCCUGGUGAAGAGAGGCAACUGCACCUUCGGUGAGAAGAUCAAUGCUGCCAAACGCCUCGGAGCAGCUGCUGUUGUUGUGUACAAUGUGGACGGCAGUGGAAACAGCACUACACACAUGGCACACUCAGAUGCAGACGAAAUUGUGGCGAUCAUGAUUGGUAACACUCAGGGCAUGGAGAUUGUCAGGUUGGUGAAAAACGGGAUUGAUGUUCAAAUGAUAAUUAGUGAAGGCAUGGCUCACGGACCCUGGAUGGACACAUACUGGCUUUACUUUCUGUCCAUUGCCUUUUUCAUUGUAACCGCAGCGUCCAUCGCCUACUUUGUGUUCAUCUCCGCAAACCGUCUCUACAACAUGAGCAUGAGCAAGCGCAACGAGAAGCGACUGAAAUCCGAGGCGAAGAAGGCAAUUAAGCGUUUGCAGGUGCGCACGCUCAAGAGAGGGGACGAGGAGACCAGCUCGGACUCCUCGAUGUGUGCCGUUUGUAUCGAAUCCUACAAGGUAGGCGAUGUGGUGACCGUGCUGACGUGUGAUCACAUCUUCCACAAAACCUGCAUCGAGCCCUGGCUGCUGGAGAGGCGAACCUGCCCUAUGUGUAAGUGCGACAUCUUGAAGGCCCUGGGCGUUGAGGACGACAGAAAAGAGAGCUUCUCUGCUGAGUCACCGCCAGAUGUCACUGUGAUCACGGUGACAGGAGACGCCCUGUAUGAAGUCCCACUGACUGACCCAGGGAGCCUCGACCCGGAGAGACAGCAGCAUCGCUAUGACAACAGGGCCUUCGAGGAAGACUCAGAGGCUGCGAGGGGAUGAGCAGCAGCAGUGGAAACAAAACAAAACACAAAUCAGGACACAGUUAAAUUCCCUGUUUCAAAGAGAUAUUUUUCUGGCACACGGUGAUCCAGUGGAAUCAAAGUUUAAUCUAUCAACAGAGGAGACAAUGUUCAUCUUGCAAUGUGGACAUGAUAAAAUGAUUUAAAAAAGAAUCCAAGGAUUUAAAAUGUCAACGGAUGUGUGUCAUUCACUUAAAUGUCAGAGCUUCUUCUUUGUUUUCUGUUCUGGUGUGAGUCUGUAAACAGUGGGUGUGUUCAUAAAUCCACAGCUCAUUAGAAUUGAAUUGAGCAGUCGUGGAGCGACACCAAUGUCAGAUAGCUGUUUUGCAUAGGCACAAAGCAGCUGAUGUUGGUUAGGAAGGAAUAUAAAUAUCAGAAAGUGGGGCCAAAUUUCUUCCAAUAAAAGGCUCAAUAUUGGGCUGCUCGCAGUAAUAUACAGCAAACGUUUCUUUUUCCUUUAAACUGAAAUACAAAUGUAAUUCUCAUAAUCCGCUUUGUCCUAAUGACUGUCCUUUCUUUUUCUGAGUGUUUUCUUUGCCAUUUGCAUCUGGGUUUUCAUUCUGGAUUUGCAAACACACCCUCACCCUCACGCCUUUGUCUGGAAACACUGCAUGUCAUGCAUUUCUCGGGCAAAUAAAACACCUGAGGGCCAGAGGCUCAUAGCAUGACAGUGUGCUGAAAAAUUUUUCAUGUUCAGUCAGAUCACAACCAGAAGUGAAAUGUAAUGCAGUCAUGUUGUAAUAGACAUAUCUACCUAUCUCUCUAUCUAUAUAUAUCUAUAUAUAUGUAUAAAACAGGCAUCUGCAUUGUAGAUAAUUUUCUUCCAAAGAUGUUUUCUUGGCUGCUGGACGGGGGAAUUACUGUGUAAUUAUUGUGAUUAUUUUGUGUACUAUCUUUUUAAGCAAUACACUGAGACUGGCUUAUCACUCAAUCAACUUUAUGUGUUAAUAUAAAGGUAACACACUAUGGAAAGUACAGCUGAUUUUCAUUCGCAGACAUAAACUGUUAUUGAUGAACAUGUCUUCCAGGUUUUGCCCGUGCUCUACCUCUGAUCUAUCACACGGUUAAAUAUAGGAACGUGUUUGAGAUUCUUCCACGAUCCCUCCAUGUCCCUCCAUAAAGGAUAAAGCUAAAGAAUUGCUUCACUUCUUUGUUUUCUGGUGGGAUGUGCCGAUCAUGGUACUAAAAAGAUUUUAUAUCGAAUCAUUUUCACGGCUGUUUUACAGAUUCCAGGAGUCUUAAACUGCAAUGUAAAAAAAACGAAUAUUACUUUCUGUAUUAAAUCACAUUGAUGCUUUUUAGAAUGAAAUAAAUCCCUCAAAAUGAGGCCAACUUAA